UGUAAUCCCCGUAACUGCCAUGCUCCUCGUAAAUGAUGGGUUGCGGACAAGGCCUUUCAAGAUACGAUAGGUUUCAUCCCCAUCGCUCUUUGUGUCGUCGUGCAGAUAGGUUGGGCGGUCUUGGACUUGGUCGCAGAUCAGCUCUGCCACGUCGUUGGUCCAAUGCAUCAAACGACCUUUCUUGUCAAGAGUGAAAAGAAGCAAAAAUGGGGAGCAGAAAAAGUAACGGGCUUGCCAUGUUCAAGUCCGAAUGUUUGCCCAGUCAUCGCUUCUUUCGUCGUCUUCUGUUGUCCGCUCUCUUGUACUCCGUACUUCUUCAGCCCUUUGCUUUUUGUUUUUCUUCAUUCUCUUCUUGUCUUCAUCCUAUCUCUCCUCGUCAUUCCCUCCGUUUCCUUCCGCUUGACACACAUUCAAAACACCUGGAGGGCCAUACACUGCUACUGCAGCUGCAGCCAGAUGCGCCAAAUGAGCGACUAGCAUGGUGACAGGGUCUGGUCGAUGAGCUGGCAACGAUGCAUGCAUUCCACCACGUCUAGCGCCCCGCUUGCAUCUGAUAUACCAGCUCUGGUUGGGCCACGCCCAUCCCACCAUAAACACAUGAAAGCAAAACAAACUCUGGGGGAGCAACGGGACAGCCUAUCGAGCCAGAUGGCGAAUGGGACGCCGAGCUCGUCUUUUUGCCAAAGGGCGACUUGUUCUUCGUAAAUUUUGGCCUGAGCAGACUAUGGCAGUUAACUAGUGGCAGAGGAAUAAGUUAGCUAGCCAACAUAGUGGCCAAAUUAUGGGACAUUCGCAGCUGAGCCUUGAACGCCUCAGAGCGCCGUUGCAGAGGCUCAAGAGGGCUGUUGGCGGGUGGGACGGAGCAGUUUCAGCUUUCAGGUUGAUGAGGAAUCUGUAACUAGUCAGGCAGGCAUUCCACGGUGUCAGGCCGCUGCUGAGCCGUUGGCUCAUGUGGUCUCUCAUCUGAUGUCAUAGGAGGACACAGGAAGUACUCACUCCUACUGGGUGUCCACGUCUCUCCUUGGUGACUGUCCCGCAGCCCAGGUAACUGUUGUAGUAGCUGGCCGUUGAAGUCUUACUGCUGCUGCUGCUGUUGUCGUCGUCGUCGUCGGUGAAGGGCGAGGUUGAUGCGUUGACGUCCGUUUAAGCUUACUCGUUCUUCUGGAACGUCUUUAUAUCAACCUCAGCGAAGAAGGGCGGACAAGAGCCGGUGUACUCGACACAUGAUACCCGUGUUAAUAACUACGUUCCUAGGACUCUCCACCCUUCCCAUGACAGCCCUUAAGCGACUUCGACUUGAUUGUGCAUCUGGCAAGAUAUCCCUCUAUAUUCUACAAAAUGCAAUAAAUGCAGCUAUAUAAUAUCCUCGACCUAUACCUGGCACAAAAACACUUCUGGUUUCCUCUGAGGUGACAGGUGCCGCCUCAGAUACCCCUAGGCCAGCUUCCCUUACCAGGACGACCCUCCAUAUCACUACUUGGUCUGGCAAUAUCUAGGUCGGAAAGAAGGGGGAGUAUAGAGUAUCUAGGUUAUUGGCAUCUAAGAGUGCUCGAUCAUUGCAUUCCUGCUAAAACAGUCCGCUAUUGCUGCUAUCAUGCCAUCCAAUGUACUUUGGGGCGGUUUCAGAGAGUAGCUUUAGCGCAGAUGGCCAGGUGUGGUCUCUAUAGUUACCUAGGCGCACCCAAAGAUACAACGAGACUUCACGACUACUUUUCUACGUUGUAUCUCCCCAGCCACAACUUCGUCAGAUCCGUCCACAAAUGCCGUUACACGCCAGAGGCCUCUAGAGCCAAUUCUUUAAUCCAAACUCUUGACAUCUUGUCUGGGAUCAACAUGGAGAUAUAUGAACGAGUAGGAGAUGACUCUAAGCCCACCUUGCUAAACUUGUACAUCUUAGGAUUGGCUCGUUGAACAACAAUGAGCUUCAGAGGAAAAGCUAGAAAGAAUCAUUAUCCACGAUGAGUGUGGUAUCAUGGAUGGACUAGGUAGCCUACCCUAUGUAGAUCAAGGCCGUUGUACUUAUUACGAUACUUGCCUCAGCAAUGUUGAAACGUGGAAGAAGAUAUGCGACCUUCAGGUCGUUGUUUGCAAUUAUACGGAAAUUGUUGUUCAUUCAGGCUUUUUGGGGGUAGGUGCCCUCAAAAACAGCGUAGAGAUACUUGCAAAUUGUCAGGAUAUCUAAUAUGUAAGAUAAUCUCAUCUAUAUGUAACAAAUCGAGCUGCCAAUUAGAAUGCUCACGACAUCGAAAGAUGCAAGUCAUUUACUCGUGGACACAGGGUAUAUGAACAGCUAGCGAAGCUGGGAAAAGUGUGUCUGGGAUACGAGCAUGACACAAUCAAAAUGACAAGAGGUUAGCCAUGGAAGAUAGGUUAUAGGAACGAUAUAAAUAAUCUUUAUAUGGUUAGGGAUGAAGAAAGUAAACAUGGAGAAAAUCAUAAAUGCUUAAAGCAGAACCCAUUUCUUGUCUACUUCUUUUUGACCCUGUCGCG